AUGAGUGAAGAGAAGCCAUCAACAUCACUUCGCGAUUUAUUGCAUGACAACGCUCCUCCUACAACACCAAUUGUUAAAAAAGUAGCUGCAGGUCCAAUUGUUUCAAAAAGAUUUACAAAACCAUCAAUUCCUGAGAAUUAUCUUGCAAUUGCCAAUGCAUUUCUUUUAACACCAGAUAUGGCAGGUCCUACUGAUACACCGCUUUCUAAUGAAGAACAGCAAAAAAUAGAUAAUGAAGAUGUUGAAGUUGUUCAAGAAACACGUUGCAUAUGUGGUUUAACACAUGGAUCAUCUGUGCAGAUACAAUGUGACUCUUGUUUGAAAUGGCUUCAUGAAGAUUGCGUUCAUCUUAAAAAUUCCAAAGAUACAAAUCCAUUCAUUUGCAUUUACUGCCAAUAUGAAAUUGCUAAAUCUGUUAAAGCCUAUGUAAGGCAACGCUUGGCAUCAUUGCUACCAAAAGCUCAACAAUUGGAAGCAGACAUUCAGAAUGGCCGUCCAACACAAUAUAUGCCAAUAUGGAACGAGCUGAGUGAUAUUGUAAACGAUAUACAAGAAGUUUUGAAAUUAAUACCAGAAUUAUUACAUUCCGAUGAUAACCAAUAA